AUGCCGAUGAAUUUCAAAGUGACGUUCGCGGAUGGCACGUCGACGAAGCUUUUGGGCUUACCCGACGAUGUGACGCUGGACGGAUUACGCGCUCAUCUGUUCGAGAAGACGUCGAUUGAACCUCAAGAUCAGCAUGUGAUGACAGGAUACCCUCCUAAAAUGAUUGAGGGUCCGGGAGAGAGUACGUUGUCUUCAUUGGGGGUGCGCACAGGCUCCAUGUUAGUGCUCAAGGAAGCUCCAAAGACAAGUUGUAUCCAGUCCAAAGUCACGUCGGUGUUCAUGCGACGCGUCAUGCCGGCAGACAAUAGUUGCCUUUUUCAUUCCAUUGGAUAUGCUCUUCGCAAGACAAGAGAAGAAGGAGGUAGUAGUAGGAUGCGGGAGUUGAUUCGGGAUACGAUUUUGGCAAACCCGGAGGAAUACUCGGAGGUGUUUUUGGGACGACCAGUGUAUGAGUAUUGCGCUUGGAUUAUGGACGACAAGUCCUGGGGUGGCGAGAUUGAGUUGUCGAUUUUAUCGACAUACUACAAUGUAGAGAUGGUCGUCUUUGAUGUCACAAGUAUGAGCAGACUCUGCUAUGGUGAAGACCAAGGCUUCACGCAACGAAUGUUCUUGCUCUACGAUGGCAUUCACUACGAUCUAGUGGUCGAGUCCCCAUCUUCCACGGCGUCGGAGCACCACGAUGUGACGCUCUUUGCAAUCAAUGACUUUACGAAGGUCGAACGGGCCAGUGAAGUUGCGGUGGAAGCACAUCAAAGGCACGAGUUUACCGACGUCAAUCGUUUCAGCAUCAUGUGUCUGGAGUGCAGAAGCACGUUCGUUGGACAUAAAGAAGCGCUUUCGCAUUCAUCCGCCACAGGGCACCAGCGAUUUGGCGAGACCAAGUCGCAAUAG